GCAAAUACUACAGCCCACAGGUGACGGGCCAGAACCGGAACCAGAAGUCCAGAAGCGAAGCUUUGUUGUUGUCUUGUUGAAGACUCAAGAGGAUAAAAAAAAGCUGAAUAGAAAAAGAAAAAACCCUUGUAGAACCCUUAAGCAUCUUAUUCUUCAAUCUUCAAUCUUCAAUCUUCAAUCUUCAAUCUUCAAUCUUGAAUUCAUAGCAGGUUAAUCGUGUUUGAGUUUUGUUCUGGUAAAUUGAAUCAUUGGAUAUGGAGGAAAAGGAGUACAGUGUUCCAAAUAGAGAGCUGUAUGGUUUGCUGAACAUAUCUCCUGACGCUUCUACCGAAGAAAUCCGCAAAGCUUAUCGACAAUGGGCUCAAGUCUAUCAUCCUGACAAAUACCAAGCUUCUAAUAUGAAAGAAAUCGCAACAGAAAAUUUUCAGCGGAUAUGUGAGGCAUAUGAAAUACUCUCAGAUGAGAAUAAAAGACAGAUAUAUGAUAUAUAUGGGAUGGAAGGCUUGAACUCUGGAUUAGAACUUGGAGUAAAGCUAAAUAAAGCUGAGGAAAUAAAGGAAGAACUUGAAAGGUUAAGACGCAGGAAGGAACAAGAAAAAUUGGCCGAUAUUCGACCUACUGGUUCGAUUCUGGCCAAUUUGUCAUUGCCACAUUUUUUGGAUGGUGAUGGCAUUAUGAGGGGGAUGGCCAUGAACAGUGAGGUGCAAUCGCAAAUGUCCAAACGCAUUGGAAUUGCCGUUGGAGGGAACUUAGCAGUUACAGGCAACUCUGGUCGUGGUGCUGCUACUGCUGUACUUAAACAUCAGAUAUCUUCAGUUGCCUCUAAUGAGCUUAUGGCCUCUGCUGGUCUGCAUUCACUUAUUGGUAUACAAACAACACGCCACUUAUCACCUCACUCUUCUGCCACUUCGGGACUUGCACUGUCGCUAAAAGAUGGAUCCAUCAAUCUUUCUAAUUUAUGGACCCGCCAAAUGUCGCAGACUUCUAAUGGAAAUAUACAACUACUUCUAGGUACAGAAUCAUCUAUCGCUGUUGGUUGGCAAAAGAAAGAAGAGAAAAUGUCUGCUGCUGGAGAGAUAAAGUUCGGUACCAGCUCUUUUGGGGCAUCAGCUCAUUAUACUCAUCGCUUUUCGUCAAAGUCUCAUGGGCGUAUCUCAGGCAGAGUAGGAAGCAAUGCUCUUGAGUUCGAGAUUGGUGGAGGACGUAGAAUAUCUAAAUUCAGCACAGUGCGGAUGCUAUAUUCUAUAGGGAUUCAGGGUAUCUUUUGGAAGUUUGAAUUGCAUCGUGGUGGUCAAAAGCUAAUAGUUCCUGUUUUAAUCUCCAGAUAUAUCAACCCUGUGUUUGCAGCAGGAACAUUUGCCAUUCCAACUUCCCUUUAUUUCGUACUUAAGCAAUUUGUUGCGAAACCUUAUUACCUUCGACGAGAGAAGGCGAAGGCACUGGAAACUAUGGAGAAAACUUCAGACCAGGUUCGAGAGGCUAGAGCAGCAGCAGCAAAGGCUCAGCUGCUGCUAGAAAAUGUGGCCAAUAGGAAGAGGAACAAACAAACUGAAGUUGGUGGAUUGAUUAUCACAAAAGCAGUCUAUGGUAGUGUGAAAGCUCUGAAGAAGCAGGAUGAGUUGGAAGGAUCAAAUGAUGAUUUGGCUUCACAAGUUAUUGAUGUCACUACACCUCUAAAUUUUUUGGUUAAUGAUUUGGGACAACUCAAGCUUCAUGAGGGUGUGAAGAAAUCAGGCAUUAUGGGAUUUUGUGACCCGUGUCCAGGAGAACCUAAGAAACUGCUGGUCAGGUACACAUACAAUGGCGAAAACUACCAGGUGGUUGUUGACGACUGCGAAGAGUUGCAGAUACCCCACGAAGCUCACAAGCUAUAGACUAGUUUACUAAUAACCAGAUCAUAGUAACUGCUCACAGUAUUCUGCGAGGCACCUACAGCAAUUUUGAGGCUCAUACAACUUGACAAUGUACACUUAUCUUUACCAAUUUAACAAUUUUUUUUUCUUUUCUUUCGGGAGGAAAAUCAGUGGGGGAGCUUUACAUAUUUUAACAGUUGAAUGACUGUUAUCAUCGUAUUUGUAAUUAUGUAGUCAUCUAGUGCAAUAAAAAUCCACAUUUUUUUUUUGUCGAUUCUACCUGAAAGUUCAGGGCAUAAACUGAUUCGGUUAUUGUAAUCAUAAAUCACCUUUAUUGUAAGGGAAUCCCUACUCGUUAAUCCUGUACUUUAAUUUAAUAAAUUCAUGCUUUUGUAGUAAA